CCGAUGUUGGGGGCCAACUUGCGGUGUUGCGGGGUUCAUCCCAUUUUCUGAGGUAUUCUUCAUUCCACUUACCAUUGACGCCUCCGUCCUUUCCCUUCUGCGUUGUUUGUUCCUUCCCGUCCAUGUCCUUUGUCGCAACAAUCAAUUGCACUCUCUCCCUUGGAGAAGUUGGAUGAUAUCUUCCGUCCUGACUGUUGAUCAUGUCCGGCUUCGAAAUUGCCGGCAUCGUUCUGGCCGUUUUACCGGCAGCCGUCCAAGCUUUUCAGGUCUACAAAACCUAUUUCCCUUCAUCCAAGAAGUUUCAAGAGGACCUCAAGCAACUUGUUCAGGACCUGGAGUCGGAGAGGACUCGGCUUUACAACACUUUGGAGCGGCUCCUUGGACCACUUUUGGAUGAGACCACUACAUCGCAGGAGCUACUAGAAAACCCCCAUUCUCCCAAAUGGGAAAAGCUUGGACCUCGAAUUGACGACCAACUUCGCACCCUUCUGUAUAUCACGUACAAUAAGUUCAAGGAGCAGCUCGAUGAGAUAAACAAGUCUUCCGAGGAGCUGCGAUUAAAGUUGAAACUCCCCGAUCCACGAAAUGGCCUAGUAUACGAUCAGCCAGUAAAAUACCUCUACCGAGACAAGAGGUCGAUUCUCAAAGCCUGGGCGGCCAGAACUGGCUUUAGUUUGAGAAAGAAGUCGUAUGAUACCAUCAUAGGGCGGCUGAAAUGCAGCAACACUCUUCUCGAGGGCCUCGCCAACACUGCCCUCGAGCAGAAGAUUACAAGAACGCUCCGCUCGAAAGACCACGUCACCAGGCUUCUACGUGACCUACUCAAAAGUCUUUUCAUGGCUCUUGGAGAUGCAUCAUCCGGCUGUGUUUGUCCAAAGCCACCCGAUGUUUAUCUUGAACUCGUGUCCCGGAAAGACUUGUGGUUUGCCAAAGAGGUGGAAUCAGAAGAUGAAGUCGCCAGAGGAAAGAUCGGCUUUCACCUCGUUUUGAACUCCGCCAGUCUUGGCCAAACUGUCGCCGACGGUUCGCCGCGCUUACAACCCCGUUGGGCCACCUUUCGGGUCCAGUGCUGCAACUUUGGCCCUUCAUCUCCUCCUCUCUUGUCGCCCAUGUCUCCGUCCAACUCAACAUCGUCUCUUCCAGUUCUUUCUACGGCCGUAUCCAACAGUCACCAGCCUUCAGGAGGCCCAGGAAAGAUCAGGUUCACAGGUCGCACGAGCUUGCCGCCUUCCAUAUUAAUGAGUCAACACCCUCAUCGUGACCCGCCACACCCUACGCCGGCAGGUUCGACUACGUCUCUUCCAUCAUAUAUGUCUGGUGGACCUGUGGGUCCAAUCUCCUCACAGGAAGGUCCCAGGCCGAGCAGCUCAGGAAAGAUCAAGUUCAGAGGUCCACUCACGAAACUUCCAGCCCAUGUGCUGGAGCGAUCCAUCAAACUAGGCAAAAAGGUGGCCUUUUCUACGGGGUCCUCCACAUCAGUGGCAACCCUUGCGAAGACCAGUUUUUCGAGUUUCACCAGUCUGGAGCCUACAAAGCUGUUGAAUCUUUGCGAGAUCACCCUCGGCAAAGGGAAGAAACGAGCAUCCGAUCAAGAUUACUGUCAUGGUUGCAUCGUGGCUAUAAGCCAAGGCCGCAAAUUCGCCCUCUAUCCACCACGCGAGCAGGACGAUAUUAAUCUCAAGUACCAACAGCAAUCCAUUGCCGAGCCUGUCGAGUUCCAAACCACUCUCACCCUCCGUCAAAUACUUGACAGUGACUUACAGGGAGCACACAGAGUUCCCAGGCCGAGAACCGGCGACAAAAUACGAAUGGCAGUUGCAAUUUCCGAGAGUGUCCUUCACAUGCACAGCAUGCCCUGGUUGUCCAAACCUCUCACGCUUGAUGAUAUCGUAUUUUUGGUGAACGAUAGUAGUAUUGCCUCGGAAAGGUUCAAACUACGAACAUUCAUCUCGAAGCCAGUUGGUUGCACUCCUUCGGAUACGAAAAGCCGCCAUGAUGGCAACCCUACGGUUACUCCCAGCCCCUUCUAUCCAACUGCAUUCUACCUGGGCCUGUUGCUUUGCCAGCUCAUGCUGUUAGAAGACCGGAAACUCCCUAUAGCUACCGAAAUUGACUUGAAAGCUCACCAGGUUCCUAUCCCGCCGGGAGCAGUCGUCAUGCCAGAUAGCAUGCACAAAAAGCUGUCACGGAAUGCGGAAAGUCUCCUGUGGGAAAAUGAAGAAUCUGCUGGGGAAGAUUAUAAGAACAUUGUUCAUUGGUGCCUUGUAACUCACAACAGCGAGAAGGGCUUGGAUGAUGAGGAUUUUAGAAAAUCAUUUUACGCUGAAGUGGUGGAGAAGUUGAGGGAAAAGUUCAAGCACAUGAUAUAUGAUUUAUGAUUCGAAGUAUCUAUCUCUACUUACUGGUAGCUUCUGUCUUGAAGCAGGUAGCUAAGAACCACUUGAGUGUUUUCCUCAAAGCGCAGUAGUUCAGAGAAGGGGCACACCAGUGACACCACCCAACCGCGCACUUUCUCGUAACAAUACCUUGAGGUACGCGUACACAUUGCUUGGGACAGUAUCAAGGGCACUAAGAAUGAGCGAAGCAGU